AUUAAGGUCUAAAUAUAGGAUUAUUUAAUUUUGAAAUUAAUCCCUUGCUGUUUUUAUUUCAGAUGAUAUUAAUUAUCCUUGUCUGAAGAGUCAAAACAAUAAUGUCGACGAAGAAAAAUUUAUGUAAUAGUAAUUCAGUCGUUAGUACUGUUUCGGGCGGAGCAACUGCUAUGGAGAUUGAAAUGGAACCGAUGCGAGGCCAUGGCUCACGAAUGAGUUUCCAAAACGUUAGUUAUUCUAUAUCUGUACGUCAGAGAUGUUGCGGAAGCUGCCGCAAAGCAAGCGUGAAGGAAAUUCUCAAUGACGUCAGUGGUACAAUCAGACCGGGAUUGAAUGCCAUCAUGGGACCAACAGGAAGUGGGAAAACAUCGCUUUUGGACGUUUUAGCAAACAGAAAAGAUCCAGCUAAUGUAACUGGAAAAGUAUUACUCAACGGCGGGAAGGUGCCGAAGAAUUUUCAAUAUCUUAGCGGUUACGUCGUUCAAAAUGAUCUCUUCAUUGGAACAAUAACUGUAAGAGAAUCACUAUGGUUUUGCGCAAAUAUGAGGUUACCUGCGUCUAUAUCUCGCACCGAAAAGAGACGUAGAAUAGCCAGUAUAUUAACCGAACUAGGUUUGGAUUCUUGUGCCGAUACAAAGAUUGGGACCAACAUCAUUCGUGGCAUUUCUGGAGGGGAAAAGAAAAGAACUUCGAUCGCGAUUGAAAUGCUUCUUGAACCCAAAAUUUUAUUUUUGGACGAACCGACAACGGGCUUGGACGCAGCAACCGCAUCAUCUGUAAUGAGACUAUUGAAACGACUGGGAGACGAAGGGAAUACUAUUGUGUGUUCUAUUCAUCAACCUCGUUACAGCAUAUUCAGAUUGUUUGACUCCCUCACUCUUCUAUCAAUGGGGCACCUUGUGUAUCACGGACCUGGUACAGAUGCCUUAGCACAUUUUGAGGGCCUUGGAUAUGAAUGUCAGGCUCAUGAUAAUCCUGCUGACUUUUUACUGGACGUUUUGAUUGGCGAAUACGAAUCAAAUAUGAUCGGCCGCGAACUUGAUUCAACGAAAGAGCCGUUCGUCGAAGUAAAACAAGAUCUUGUUGGGUUGACAGAGAAAUUCAGAUUAGCUGUUAAAAAUAAAGCUAAUCUGGAAUUAAACGGGAAGGAAUCAACUGAUAUUCCCAGUGGUUUUUCAACUAACAAAGCAAUGUAUGCAAACGGAUUUUUACAUCAACUUUGGGUUCUUUUAGGUCGUACUUUUAAAAAUAUUUUACGUAAUCCUGCAGCGCUUAUGGGAAAUAUAUUUUUAAAUAUCAUAAUCGGUAUAGUAUUUGGACUUUUGUAUUAUAAAAUUUAUGAUAACCCUGGAUCUGAAGUACAAAAUGUGCUCGGCAUCCUGUUUUUCAUUUGUACGAGUCUCUUGUUCGGCUCUAUCAGUGUUAUAAAUGCCUUUACCCUCGAGAAAGACAUAUUCAUUCAUGAGCACAUCUCCGGUUAUUAUCGCGUCGUAUCUUACUUUAUAGCAAAAGUAUUGGCCGAUUUGAUUCCUUUGCGUACGAUUGCCCCUAUUAUAUUUUGCUCAAUAACAUAUUGGAUGGUCGGACUUAAAGCAGAGGUUGGCGCGUUUUUUAUAUUUCUCGUUACGUCAUUAUUAAUGGGUUACGCUUCAGUGGGUAUAGGAUUGUUCUAUUCGUCAUCUUUUUCGCAGCCGAUUGCCCAGCUUUGUUUAGUGCUGACGUUUGUUUUCACCAUAAUAUUUUCAGGUCUUUUGGUCAACGUUGACCAAAUGUUGCCAUGGCUCUCAUGGCUGAAGUAUAUGAGCGUUGCCAGAUAUGGUUUAGUUGGACUUAGCGUUAACGAAUUGAAAGGGAGGGAGUUCACAUUAUGCGGGAACGAUACUAACAAAGAACCAUCUAUUUUUACUCCAAACAUUACCCCAGUUCUAACAGGGAAUCAAUCGUGCACUGUGACAACGGGAGAAGCUAUCUUAUUUCGAAGCCUUUCAGUGGGAGAAAGCGCUGAAUCAAUCGGGGAUUGGGACCUUUGGAAAAACAACGUUGCUUUGUCAUGUAUUUGUUUAUUAUUGUAUACUUUUACUUACAUUCAGCUGAUGCGAACAAAGAAAUACUCCUAACUUUACAAGAUAUUGUUAUUUGUUUCAGUACUAACAUGUUUUGAACUGCUUGAUUGUAAAAAUGAUAACAAAAUUAUUUCGAGUUUGCUGCAUUUAUUGUACAACGCGGUAACUUUUCACUACUGUGUCGAAGGUAUUGAUUAUAUAUUCCAUAUUAUCCAAAUGUUGCCCUUCGGUGCGAUUCAUAUUAAAUGAACGUCAAUACACAAGGUAGUUGUAACAUUAUCACCCCUUUCAAUUAUGUAACAUUCUAUUUCUAUACCGUCCUUUAUCAGUUUUUGCUCGAUAUAAAAUUAAUCGUGUGUUUUAAUAAACUUCAUACUAAA